CCUCUCUGCAUUGCAUUCUUAUCCUUUAUUCUUACCGAUUCCCUUACUCUCAUACUUAGUGUUGAGCAACUUUAGUACCGUCUCGAGGCCUAGUCAAGUGCCUCAGCACAGCCAAUGUUUAUCUCCGAUAGCAGCACCCGAGCUAUCGGGUCCACCGCCAGCUCUAUGAGAGAUACGCUCCUGCAGCGUCUCCCCGGACCCCAGCAGGUCCUGAAAGCCAUCACGGGCACACUCGGGGUCUCCUCUCUCUCGGGAUCAGAUUACUCGACCUCAGAGUCCACAUUUCAGCAUUGCCCGGCUGCCGAAUUGAGCUGUAAGACACGGUACCAUGGCCAGGAUACCUGCUGCUUCAACUACCCAGGGGGUCAGAUGCUACAGACGCAAUUCUGGGAUGCUGACCCCGCCAUUGGACCGGAGACUGCCUGGACAAUCCAUGGCCUCUGGCCGGACCACUGCAACGGCGGAUUCGACCAGUACUGUGACUCGAAGCGGAGGUAUAGCAACAUCUCGCUGAUCUUGGUGGAUGCCGGUCGUGGAGACUUGCUCGACUACAUGAGCACAUACUGGAAAGACUUUCGCGGCGACGACCCGAACCUCUGGGAACACGAGUGGAAUAAGCACGGUACCUGCGUGAGCAGCCUUGAGACACACUGCUACACGGAGUAUACUCCUCAGCAGGAGGUUGUCGACUACUUCGAUAAGACCGCCGAUCUGUACCGAGAGCUACCUACCUAUGAGACCCUAGCCAAAGCCAACAUCCUCCCCUCCUACACGAAAACCUACACCCGUCGCGAAAUUGAAGAUGUGCUGUCACAGUCGCACGGCGCAGAGGUCACAAUCCGUUGUCGUCAUGGGUCUCUGAACGAAGUAUGGUACUACUUCAACGUCGCAGGCCCUCUUGUAUCGGGGAAGUUCGUUCCAUCGGACCCAGACGGACAAAUCUCCAACUGCCCGGCCAGUGGCAUCCGCUAUCAGCCUAAAACCCCACACCACGGCCACGAGCCCACGAAAACAACCACUCACAAUCCCUCGGAGCCCACCUCGCCCCCGGGUGCCCCUUUUCAGGGCCGGGGCAACCUGAUGAUCUCAACAAUGGGCCAGAAGAGAGGGUGUAUUAUCAGCCGCGGGGCGUGGUUCUCCUCGGGCACGUGUGCAACCUUUACUGCGAAGAAGACGUCAGAUGAUCUCUUUACCCUCCACUCCAGCAAGGGCAACUGCGGCUUUGCCAAGGACAUCUUCACCUGCGGUGGUGCCGUGCACAAAGCACAGGAAUUCAGCAUCGACGAUGGCAAGCUCGCAUACAACGGCAACUCCACUUUCUUCGCCGACAAGGCUCCCAAGGGGCCCACGAAAAGCAAGGUCUUCGCCUCUCAGGAGGAUCAUCAGAUUGAAUUGGCGAUCACCUGGAGGCCGGAUUACUGAGUUGAUGGUUUAAUGCCUUUUUUUGUGUUUGGGUCUGCUUGAACAUGGGUUGAGCUCCAUUCCUUUCGUUCGUGGUGUGUAUCACAUAUGCAUGAUAUUAAAGAUAGAUUUAUACAAUCAUAUAUAUAUAUGUCUAGA